AUGAUGAGCUUCGACGGCACGAACAUCACGAAUUGCACUGCGGACGCACUGGGAGGGGGGGUCGCAUUAGACGUGAACGCUACGGCUGGCAUGACGUCCACGCGGAUUCACGAGUGCGAAGCUCGGCAAGGCGGAGGCAUUUUUUCCAGCGGCGCGGGCGUCUUCCUCGGCUGGGGGUCGGAGGUGAAAUUGAACAGUUGCACGACAGGCGGCGGCGGCGUGACAGUGACUAAAGGGAACGUCGUUCUCGAAAACGCUGCGCUCGACAACAACACUGCGACGAACGGUGGUGGACUCGUCGUGAGCGGCCUCGGAAGAGCGCACAUCGCGAACUCGCGAAUUCGAAGAAAUUACGCCAGGCACAGCGGCGGCGGCGCGAAUUUCGACGCGCCCUACGUCAACUCCGGCAGCGGCAGCGGAUCGAUCGUUCUCGACGCGAGCAUGACGUACUUGAUCGAGACGAACGCGCUCAUCGCAGGCGCGGCGUCUAACCUGUCCGGCAUCGUGGGCGGCAGCGCUCGGGAGAUCGUGAAUUCGACGAUUGACGAUAACACCGCGGACGUCGGCGGAGGCGGCGUGUUUUGGAGUCAUCUAAAUCGGAAUGGGACAAAGGUGCUCUGCCAAAAUUGCGUCUUCUCGGGGAAUAGAGCCAUGUACGGGAAAAAAUACGCCACGGAGAUGGUGCUAUGGGAUUCUGUCCCCAUGGCUCAAGCGAACUCGACGCUCGCGGCGAUGAGUCAGACGUCAGCGAACGAGAUCGCGAACACCGGUAGCGUCUCGAAGGCUACUCUGAGGCGAGCGUUGGAUCGAGUUUUGAAGCCCUUUAGAAGCCCGCCCGGGGAGAUCAUCGACACGUUCGACGUCAUCGUCAUCGACGGCGAGGGGCAACGGUCGGUCACAUCGGGAGAACAGUUUCGAAUCGUGUUCACGUCAAAGGCCUCCGAGAUCGCCCUUAUCGACGGAACCAACGACUUGACCCACUCGGCGAAGGUCCCUGGAAGCGCGGUGUUUUCCGAUCUCAAGCUCGGGAUGGGCAUCUCGGGCAUGUUUACACUGGUCGCCACGGGAACCUACUUACGUUACAGUCCGAACACGACGACCUAUACCGUCAAAGAAACGGUCGAUAGACCUAUCGAAUCGUUGCCUUGCAAAUACGGCUCUUAUUACGACCAAGGUGGCUUAACUUGUAAGAUAUGCGUGAAGGGCUUCAUCAACUUUGACCCGCAAGCGAAAUUCUGCGAUAGUUGCCUACUCAAGAAGGGCCUAGUAUGUUUCGGCGGGGCGGAAUACGAGAUCGAGGACGGCUACUGGGUUUCCCCAGGAGCAGCCAACUGCACUUCGUUCGAAUGCUUCAGCUCGCGAAUUUACGCCUGCGGACGAGCGGACGCGUGCACGACGGGCGUGCACGUUGGCACCCAGAGCUCGUGGGUGCAGGGUUCGUGGAGAAACGGCUCGAGUCCGGGUUCGGUCUCGCAGAUGACGUUCUGUAAGGAAGGGUACCUCUCGACCGCGGUUUUUUGCGGGGGAGGAGUCGUCUCGAAGUGCGCGAGGUUCUACAACGUCGAUACCGGCACGGGAGAGUGCGUGCGGUGCCCUUCCCGGGCGGGCAUCGUCGCGCGGUUUAUGAUCUUCUCCGUCCUCGGGUUGUUCAUCUUGUCGUUGCUCUUUCGGUUCUUAUACAAGACGUUCGGGAUCAAAUCCAUGAACGAUCCGUUCAACGAUACCGGCGUGGACGAGGAGAAGCUCCCCGGCGCGGGAGCGGGCGGGGACAAAAACUCCGCGGCGAAGAUCACGAUCUUGACCCCGGAAGAACGCGACCUGCGCGAGCGGAAGCGAAUCGAGAUGGAGCAAGAGCUCCGCGACGCGAAAAAAUCGAGAGCGGUCAUCUCCAUCCUCACCGGGUGGAUUCAAAUCAUGGGUCAGAUGGGAACGAUGGCGGACGACAGUCUGUCUCCUUCCGCGCUGAAACACGUCACGGACGGACUGAGUUACCUCAACGUCGACAUCGUGGCGUUGGUGUCGUUCAAGUGCAUGGUCGACGAGUUUUCGUACACCGAGACGUCCACGGAUGGCGACGGGUCGUCGAUGUUCGGGUACUGGUGGGGCCUAUCUGGUUCUCCCGCCUGUUUCCCCUCUUUCAUCCCCUGUGUAUUCGUUCGUUCCAUUACAAUACAGUACCAGUCAGUCUGUUCCGUCGGACGAUAUCGCGACGCUGUCGCGGUGUGUCGUGUGUUGUUCUUCUACAGCUCUCUUUUCUCUCUCAAUCUGGCGCCUGCUCGGCCUUCGCGUGCGCCUUCGCCUUCGCGUUCGACGAUCGACGAUCGGCGCGGCCUUGCACCCAAUCCACCGGGGGGCUCUUCAUCGCGAUGAGUUUGGGAACGCUCGGGCUCAUGUCGAGGUCGUGCAGCUUGAAACCCUUGGGCAUGCCUGGAGCCACUCUUCCGUCGGUUUCUUCACAUAUCGAAUGACACAGACGCUCUGACACGGACGUUCUCGUCAUCCAUGACACAAACGUAUAUUUGUCGAUGACUCACCUGGCUUUGAUGAAUGCACGUAUGCGACCUUACGUACUGGUGGUACAUGUACGUGACGAUGUUAUUCCCGAUUCUGCUCUUGCUGGGGGUCUCCAUCGCGUCGAAGUACAGUUCGAUCAAGUGCAAGCUUAAGAUCAGGAGAGUGCGUAAACACCUGAUCGAGAUCGGCGCGUCGGACGACGAGAAGGCGGACGCCGAGGACGACUGCUUCACGGAGAUGCAAUCGUUUCAGCUCACG